AUGGCCGAAGCCGAAGGGGGCUCCGAACAAGAUGAUGUUUCGUUUCUACGAACGGAAGACAUGGUGUGUCUUUCGUGCACUGCGACAGGGGAACGUGUCUGUUUAGCUGCAGAGGGAUUUGGAAACAGACAUUGUUUUCUUGAAAAUAUAGCUGAUAAGAACAUACCUCCGGACCUUUCGCAAUGUGUAUUUGUAAUAGAGCAAGCCCUGUCGGUGCGAGCCUUGCAGGAAUUGGUAACAGCAUCCGGAAAUGAAACAGGCAAGGGCACCGGCUCUGGUCACAGAACUCUACUAUACGGAAAUGCCAUUUUAUUAAGGCAUCAGAACAGUGACAUGUAUCUAGCGUGCCUUUCCACCAGCUCCAGUAACGACAAACUGGCCUUCGACGUCGGUUUACAAGACCACAGUCACGGCGAAGCCUGCUGGUGGACAGUCCAUCCAGCUAGCAAACAAAGAUCCGAAGGUGAAAAAGUAAGAGUAGGAGACGAUCUAAUCUUGGUGUCCGUUGCCACCGAACGAUAUUUGCACACAACGAAAGAAAAUGAGGUUUCCAUUGUCAACGCGAGCUUCCACGUAACACAUUGGUCUGUCCAACCCUACGGAACUGGAAUUUCUAGAGUUAAAUACGUAGGUUACGUUUUCGGUGGCGAUGUCCUUAGAUUUUUUCACGGAGGCGACGAAUGUCUCACCAUACCUUCCACUUGGGACACAGAACCUCAGCAUAACAUGGUAAUAUAUGAAGGAGGAAGCGUCAUGUCCCAAGCCAGAUCGCUUUGGAGAUUAGAAUUAGCAAGGACCAAAUGGGCGGGUGGUUUUAUAAAUUGGUACCAUCCCAUGAGAAUUCGACAUAUCACUACUGGACGAUAUUUAGCAGUAAACGAAAACAACGAACUAUAUCUUGUCAGCAGAGAUGAAGCUAACACUGCUACUACUGCUUUCUGCUUGCGACAGGAGAAAGACGACCAAAAAGUUGUGCUAGAGGACAAGGAUUUGGAAAUUAUUGGCGCUCCGAUUAUUAAAUAUGGUGACUCUACUGUCAUUGUGCAGCAUUCAGAAACUGGUCUUUGGUUAUCUUAUAAGGCAUUCGAGACGAAAAAGAAGGGUGUGGGAAAAGUUGAAGAAAAACAAGCCGUUCUACACGAAGAAGGUAAAAUGGAUGACGGUUUGGAUUUCAGUAGAUCUCAGGAAGAAGAAUCGAGAACUGCUAGAGUUAUCAGGAAAUGCAGUUCACUCUUCACUCAAUUUAUUAAUGGUUUAGAACAAUUACAAUCGAAUCGAAGACAUUCUAUCUUCUUUCAACAAAUCAACCUAAACGAAAUGGUUAUGUGUUUGGAAGAUUUAAUCAAUUAUUUUGCACAACCCGAAGAUGAUAUGGAACACGAAGAAAAACAGAACCGACUACGAGCCUUAAGGAAUAGGCAAGACCUGUUCCAAGAAGAGGGAAUUUUAAAUUUAAUUCUCGAAGCUAUUGAUAAGAUCAACGUAAUAACAUCUCAAGGCUUCUUGGCUCAACUAUCAGGGGAUCAAAGCUGGGAAAUGAUCGGAGUGUAUCUAUAUCAAUUAUUAGCCGCAAUAAUAAAAGGAAACCACACCAAUUGCGCGCAAUUCGCAAACUCCAACCGUUUGAACUGGUUGUUUUCCAGGCUGGGUUCUCAAGCCUCUGGGGAAGGUACUGGAAUGUUGGACGUACUGCAUUGCGUUUUGAUAGAUUCUCCUGAAGCUCUAAAUAUGAUGAGAGAUGAACAUAUCAAAGUUAUAAUAUCCCUUUUGGAGAAACACGGUAGAGAUCCAAAAGUACUGGAUGUUCUGUGUUCGCUGUGCGUAGGUAAUGGUGUCGCAGUCCGCAGUUCCCAAAACAACAUCUGUGAUUAUUUGUUGCCCGGGAAAAAUUUAUUGCUACAGACUCAACUGGUAGAUCAUGUUGCCAGUGUUCGUCCGAACAUAUUCGUUGGUAGAGUAGAAGGUAGCGCUAUUUAUCAAAAAUGGUAUUUCGAAGUUACAGUCGAUCAUUUAGAACAAACUACUCAUAUGACACCUCAUCUAAGGAUAGGCUGGGCUAAUUCGAAAGGAUACAUACCAUAUCCAGGAGGAGGUGAAAAGUGGGGUGGUAAUGGUGUUGGUGAUGAUUUGUAUUCUUUUGGUUUCGAUGGGGCUUAUUUGUGGACAGGAGGUAGAAACACAAGAGUAGUUUUUAGUAACAUCGAACCAUUUAUCAGAAAAAGCGAUGUAAUCGGAUGUGCCUUAGAUUUAACAAUACCAAUGAUAAAUUUUACAUUUAACGGCGUACCAAUUAAAGGUAGUUUCCGCGAUUUCAACUUAGACGGCAUGUUCUUUCCUGUCAUUAGUUGCUCGUCCAAAUUAAGUUGUCGAUUUUUGCUUGGUGGUGAUCACGGUAAACUCAAAUAUUACCCACCAGAAGACUUCUCUCCCCUCGUCGAAAGCCUUCUACCGCAACAAGUCCUCUUACUGGAGCCUUGUUUUUAUUUCGGCAACAUGGCUAAGAACGUUAUGGCCGGACCUCUGUACGUGGAAGACGAUACCGCGUUUGUACCGAAACCGGUCGACACUUCCAUGGUAUCUCUUCCACCGUACAUCGAAUCCAUUAGAGACAAACUAGCAGAGAACAUUCACGAGAUGUGGGCGAUGAAUAAAAUCGAAGCCGGUUGCCAAUGGGGAGAGUACAGGGACGAUGCUCGCAUGAUCCAUCCGUGUUUGGUAUCCUUCGAUAAAUUACCGCAAGCCGAGAGAAAAUACGAUACCCAAUUAGCUGUGCAAACUUUAAAGACUAUUAUUGCUUUGGGGUACUACAUUACGAUGGACAAGCCGCCUUCGAGGAUAAAAACCAUCAGACUACCGAACGAACCGUUCAUGCAAGCCAAUGGCUACAAACCAGCGCCUCUCGAUUUAAGCGCAAUCAACUUAACUGCGAAAUUAGAAGAGCUGGUCGACCAACUGGCGGAGAAUACCCACAAUUUGUGGGCGAAAGAGCGAAUUCAAAACGGUUGGACCUACGGACUUAACGAAGAUCCGGAUUUGUACAGGAGCCCGCAUUUGGUCCCCUACGGCAAAGUCGACGACGCUAUUAAAAAAGCCAAUCGCGACACAGCCUCUGAAACAGUUCGCACGCUUCUAGUCUACGGCUACAAUUUGGAUCCCCCGACCGGAGAGCAGCAGGAAACUCUGCUGGCCGAUUUGAACCAGCAGCGACUGCCCGAUUUUAGGACGUACAGGGCCGAGAAGAAUUACGCGGUUAGUUCGGGAAAAUGGUAUUUCGAGUUCGAAAUCCUGACUGCAGGACCGAUGAGAGUCGGAUGGGCCAAAGCGGAUUGCGCGCCGGGAUGCAUGCUCGGAGCGGAUGAGAAUACAUGGGCCUUUGACGGGUAUAAUGAAGAAAAAGUGUACAGCAAUACGGCCGAAUCGUUUGGCAAACAAUGGCAAGUGGGCGAUGUCGUGGGAGUUUUUCUAGAUUUAAUUGACCAUACUAUAAGUUUUUCGUUAAACGGGGAACUGCUGAUGGACGCUCUCGGCGGUGAAACCACGUUCGCUGAUGUACAGGGCGAUAACUUCGUGCCAGCUUUCACUCUAGGCGUCGGACAGAAAGCUCGACUUAUAUUCGGACAAGACGUCACCCAAUUGAAAUAUUUCACCAUGUGCGGUUUACAGGAGGGUUACGAACCCUUCUGCGUGAACAUGAACCGAGCUGUGACUUAUUGGUAUACCAAAGACCAGCCGAUUUUCGAAAACACAGAAGACUAUCUAGACACCAAAAUCGACGUCACUAGAAUAUUAGCAGGCUCCGAAUUGCCUCCAUGUUUGAAAAUCAGCCACAACACUUUCGAAACCAUGGAGAAAGCCAACUGGGAAUUUUUGAGAUUAAGUUUACCGGUCAUUUGCCAUUCCCAAUUCAUUUCUGAGGACGAGAAGCGCCGAAGAUGGGACGAAAUUAAAAUCAGGCAGCACAGACUGAAAGCCGAAGCGAGCGAUCAAGGACCACCCGCUCAUAUAGAGAACAUCAUGAGGAGCGGCUUCUCGAUGAGCGACAUAAAAGGCUUGCACAGAACUUACGAAGAUAACGUCGAACCGGAGGAGGUGAUGAAGCAGCCGGCUAGUAACAGAAAGUCGAUGAGGAUGCCCGCGCGACCUCCCAGAAAAGGCUCGCUAUCCAGAAAUGUCAACGGUUUCGAUGAUAACACGACAGGCGGUAUGACCGGCAGGGGCGUUCAAAGAUCGAACAGCGAGCUCAACAUGAACAGAUACAACGAAUUAACCAACGGCGUUCCGGAGAAAACCGAUGAUAAGAAAAAAAGAGGCAGAUCUCCGUUCAGGUUCUUUUCGAAGAAAAAUCGUGACGCUGGGUCUAGUGGAGAGAGGGAUCGCAUCAAGAAAGCGAAAACUCCGGAUCCACCACCGAGACAGGCAGCCGAUCUCUCGCCACAAGCUCGGUCUGUAGGCCUAUCUAAUACAGCAUUACAAAGACGACAGACCAUGAAGCAAUCUCAGAAUGAUCUUCAACCACAAACUACCACGGAUAGGCAACAGAAGCAAUUAACAGUAACCCAACCGUCGGACAUUGAAUCAAUUGGAAAUGAAAUUUAUGAUGCAGAAUGUCUCAAAUUAAUCAACGAGUAUUUUUACGGAGUACGAAUAUUCCCUGGACAGGAUCCUGCUCAUACAUACAUAGGUUGGGUAACAACGCAGUAUCAUUUACACAGUAAAGAUUUUAAUCAAAACCAGGUCCUUAAGUCAUCAGUAAUAGUGGUAGAUGAUUUUGAACGCAUAGUCGAAAGAGUUGAGAGGCAGUCUUGUUAUAUGGUCCGAGCUGACGAGCUGUACAACCAGGUCACCCAAGACGCAUCUGGAAAGGGAGCUUCACAGGGAAUGUUUAUAGGUUGCUUCUUAGAUGCUGCUACAGGCAUUAUAACUUUUACUUGUGAUGGAAAACCAACUACUCAUAGAUUUAUGAUGGAGCCCGAGACGAAGCUAUUCCCGGCAAUUUUCGUGGAAGCCACCAGCAAAGAAGUUCUGCAAUUUGAACUGGGCAGAACAUCUACCAGUCUUCCUCUAUCGGCAGCCGUGCUGCAAAACAGUUCGAAACACGUUAUACCCCAAUUUCCGCCCAGAUUAAAAGUUCAGUGCUUGAAGCCGCACCAAUGGGCGAGAGUACCGAACCACAGCUUGCAGGUGCACGCCCUAAAAUUAUCCGAUAUCAGAGGAUGGUCGAUGCUUUGCGAAGAUCCCGUUUCGAUGCUGGCUCUGCACAUACCCGAAGAAGAUCGGUGCAUAGACAUCUUGGAGCUCAUCGAGAUGGACAAACUGCUGAGUUUCCACGCGCACACGUUGACUUUGUACGCCGCCCUGUGUUAUCAGAGUAACUACAAGGCGGCGCACGUGCUGUGCAAACACGUCGAUCAGAAACAGCUGUUAUAUGCCAUAAAAUCGGAGUACAUGAGUGGACCUCUUAGACAAGGAUUUUACGAUUUGUUGAUAGCCGUUCAUUUAGAGUCUACAGCUACAACUAUGGAAGUCUGUAAGAAUGAAUACGUAAUUCCAAUCGGCCAAGAACUAAAAGAUUUGUACGAUGACGCCGACAUGGGACACAGCUUGAGGAAGUUGAAAAUGGAAUCCAUUCAACCGCAAAUGAAAACAUCAGAUAUAACUGAAAAUAUUGCCAAUAUUAAACAGUUGUAUUCCCCCUAUUUUCCAUUGGACGUUGUUAGAGAUUACGUGAUGAAAGCUCUAGCUGAAUCGGUCGAAGUGAAUCAAGUGCACAAUAGAGACCCAAUUGGUGGUUCAAACGAAAAUCUCUUCCUCCCACUACUGAAACUGGUGGACCGUUUGCUGUUGGUGGGAAUGCUGGGAGACGAGGACGUAGAUAAACUCUUAAUAAUGAUUUGUCCGGAAACAUGGGAUCCAUCGUUCGAAAAAGACGGCAAAGACGAGCACCGUAAAGGAUUGCUAUCGAUGAAGAUGGCCGAGGGCGCCAAACUGCAGAUGUGCUAUCUCUUGCAUCAUCUCUGCGACAUUCAGUUGAGGCACAGGGUGGAGUCCAUCAUAGCGUUCAGUCAUGAUUUUGUUGGCGAAUUGCAGACGGAUCAAUUGAGGCGCUACAUUGAAAUUAAGCAAUCUGAUUUGCCUUCCGCUGUAGCUGCCAAAAAGACCAGAGAAUUCAGGUGUCCUCCCCGCGAGCAGAUGAAUGCCAUCUUGUGUAAGUUUAAGAAAAUAGCAGGCUUCAAGAAUCUUGAGGAUGAAGACAAAGAAAACUGCCCGCUGGGCGAGGACUUGUGCGAGAGAAUGAACAAUUUCCAUGAAAGAUUAAUGAACCACGUGUCGCUACAAGCUUUGCUUUCUCCUGAAGAAGAAACCAAUCCGGAAGAUCAAGUCAAAACCGGGCCGUUCAAAAAAUUAUACAACCUCAUAAAUGCAGUCAAAGAACUUGAAGAAGAAGGAAAAGAGGAACCUGAGCCGGAGAAGAAAACGCCCGAAGAGACGUUUAGGAAAGUUUUAAUCGCCACUAUCGUUAGGUGGGCGGAAGAAACUCAAAUCGAAACUGCUAAAUUGGUUCAAGAAAUGUUCAGCUUGCUAGUUCGACAAUACGAUUCAGUAGGCGAACUAAUAAGAGCCUUAGAGAAAACCUACAUAAUCAACGCCAAAACUAAAAGCGACGUAUCAGAAAUGUGGGUCGGUUUGAGCCAGAUCAGAGCUCUUCUCCCCGUGCAAAUGUCUCAAGAGGAAGAAGAACUAAUGAGAGAAAGAUUAUGGAAAUUAGUCAACAAUCACACUUUCUUCCAACACCCUGAUUUGAUACGAGUUUUAAGAAUUCACGAAAACGUCAUGGCAGUGAUGAUCAAUACGCUAGGAAGAAGAUCACAGGCUCAAUCAGAUGCCGGUAAUCAACAACAAAAUACUGAAGGCGACGUUGCCGUUAAAGAGAAAGACACGUCCCACGAGAUGGUCGUAGCUUGUUGUCGCUUCUUGUGCUACUUCUGCAGAACUGGCAGGCAAAACCAAAAAGCCAUGUUCGAGCAUUUCGACUUUCUACUAGACAACAGCAACAUAUUGCUGGCGAGACCCAGCUUGAGAGGUUCCACGCCACUGGACGUAUCCUACUCCUCCCUAAUGGAAAACACCGAACUCGCCCUCGCUCUACGGGAACAUUACUUGGAAAAAAUCGCCGUGUACUUAUCCCGCUGCGGGUUGCAAUCCAACUCCGAGCUGAUAGAAAAGGGCUACCCGGAUUUGGGAUGGGAUCCGGUAGAAGGCGAGAGAUACCUGGACUUUCUGAGGUUUUGUGUUUGGGUGAACGGCGAAAGCGUGGAGGAAAACGCCAAUCUCGUCAUACGGCUGCUCAUUCGAAGGCCCGAGUGCUUGGGCCCGGCUCUCAGAGGCGAAGGCGAAGGUCUGUUGAGGGCGAUCGUCGAGGCGAAUAAGAUGUCGGAGAGAAUAGCCGAUAGAAGGAAAAUGAUGGACGAAGCCGAAGGAACGGUGGUGAACGUGGCGCAAUUUACCCAUCCCUUGCCGGAAGGUGACGAUGAUGAGGAUUACAUAGACACCGGUGCUGCUAUUCUGAAUUUCUAUUGUACGUUGGUCGAUUUGCUGGGCAGAUGUGCUCCCGACGCCGCUGUGAUUGCUUUGGGUAAAAACGAAUCGUUGAGAGCGAGAGCCAUUUUACGGUCUCUUGUUCCUUUAGAGGAUUUACAAGGUGUUUUAAGUUUAAAAUUCUCAUUGCACAAUCCAGCUGCUGGCGAGGAAAGACCUAAAUCGGACAUGCCUUCAGGUUUAACACCACCCCACAAGCAAUCUAUUGUACUGUUUUUAGAGAGAGUUUAUGGUAUAGAAACCCAAGAAUUGUUUUAUAAACUCCUUGAAGACGCUUUCCUGCCAGAUUUGCGGUGCGCCACCAUGCUGGAUAGGAAUGAUGGCAGCGAGUCCGACAUGGCGUUAAGCAUGAAUCGUUACAUAGGCAACUCAAUCCUACCUCUACUCAUCCAACAUAGCAAAUUUUACAGCGAAGCAGAAAACUACGCCUCAUUGCUAGACGCUACCUUACACACCGUUUACAGACUUUCCAAGAACCGAAUGUUAACUAAAGGUCAAAGAGAAGCAGUUUCCGACUUCCUAGUCGCCCUAACCAGCCAGUUACAACCAUCCAUGCUGUUGAAGCUGCUCAGAAAACUCACAGUCGACGUAUCCAAUUUAUCAGAAUACACAACAGUAGCCCUAAGGUUGCUGACAUUGCACUACGAAAGAUGCGCCAAAUACUACGGCUCGAGCGGCGGUCAAGGCAUCUACGGUUCCUCCAGCGACGAGGAGAAGAGACUGACGAUGAUGCUGUUCUCCAACAUAUUCGAUUCGCUGAGCAAAAUGGACUACGAUCCGGAACUGUUCGGCAAAGCUCUUCCUUGCCUUACGGCCAUCGGAUGCGCCCUACCGCCGGAUUAUUCUUUAUCGAAGAAUUACGACGACGAAUGGUACACCAACAAAACCGACAAGUCCAGUACGGACGGGCCGUACAACCCGCAGCCCAUUAAUACGUCGUCGAUAGUGCUGAAUAAUGAUUUGAAUAACAUUGUUCAGCAAUUUUCCGAACAUUACCACGACGCUUGGGCGUCGAGGAAAUUGGAGAACGGUUGGCAAUACGGUGAAGGUUACUCUGGAUGGGAUGGUAAUAAAUCGCAUCCGAGAUUGAAGCCGUAUUCGAUGCUCAAUGAUUACGAGAAGGAAAGGUACAAGGAACCGGUAAGAGAAUCUCUCAAAGCCCUCUUAGCUAUAGGUUGGUCGGUAGAACAGUUCGAGGUGGAUUUACCGUCGAACAGCAGGAAUUCCGGUUUGAGGCAAUCCGGUGAAGGUGCUUCAGCUUUUAAUUACAACCCGCAUCCGGUUGAUAUGACUAAUCUCACACUAUCCAGAGAAAUGCAAAACAUGGCCGAACGAUUAGCCGAGAACGCUCACGAUAUUUGGGCCAGGAAGAAAAAGGAAGAAUUGGUAACUUGCGGUGGAGACAUACAUCCCCAAUUGGUACCAUACGAUUUACUAACUGACAAAGAAAAGAAGAAGGAUAGGGAAAGAUCUCAGGAGUUUUUAAAAUAUCUCCAAUAUCAAGGAUACAAAUUACAUAGACCAAAUCGUGGAGGACAACAAGAAACCGAGCAAGCAGCCGCCGGACCUUCGGUAGAAUUCCGCUUCGCCUACAGUCUAUUGGAGAAGCUGAUACAAUACUUAGACCGAGCCACCGUCAACAUGAAACUGCUGAAGCCGUCGCAGACCUUCAGCCGAAGAAGUUCGUACAAGACGUCGUCGCGCGACAUCAAGUUCUUCUCGAAAGUGGUGCUGCCUUUAAUGGAGAAAUACUUCUCCACUCACCGAAAUUACUUCAUCACCAUAGCGACUGCUACGAAUAACGUCGGCGCGGCCAGCUUGAAAGAAAAGGAAAUGGUCGCAGCGCUGUUCUGUAAACUGGCCAAUCUGCUCAGAGUCCGAUUAGCCGCUUUCGGAGCGGACGUCAGGAUCACUGUCAGGUGUUUGCAGGUGCUAGUUAAGGGCAUCGAUGCUAAAUCGCUCGUCAAGAAUUGCCCCGAGUUUAUCAGAACUUCUAUGUUGACGUUCUUCAAUAAUACUGCAGAUGAUUUGGCACACACCAUAAUCAAUUUACAAGAUGGUAAAUACAGCCAUUUGAGAGGAACGCACUUGAAAACUUCUACGUCCUUAUCGUACGUUAAUGCAGUGAUUUUACCAGUAUUAACAUCUUUGUUCGAUCAUUUGGCCAAUUGCGAGUACGGAAGUGACCUGUUAUUGGAUGAAAUUCAGGUAGCAUCCUACAAAAUUCUUCAAGCUCUCUACACUUUAGGAACCGAUCCAACGUUAUCACACGAAAGAAAAUAUUUGAAAACUGAAAUGGAAAAGUACAGGCCUUCGCUGGGGUCGUGCUUAGGAGCGUUCAGCUCGACGUUUCCAGUGGCGUUUUUGGAGCCGCAUUUAAAUAAGAACAAUCAGUUUUCUCUGUUAAAUAGGAUCGCCGAUCAUUCAUUGGAAGCACAAGAUAUAAUGGCCAGAAUGGAAAGUUCCAUGCCAACUCUGGAAACAAUUAUAUCAGAAGUAGACCAGUUCGUUGAAAGCGAAAAAACCUAUUCCGAUUCGCCUCACAUAAUCGACGUCACUAUGCCUAUGCUGUGCUCGUACCUUCCAUUUUGGUGGGCUCAAGGUCCUGACAACGUCAGUCCAACUGGAGGUUCUCACGUAUCUAUGGUAACCGCGGAGCACAUGAACCAAUUGCUCAAGAACGUGUUGAAGCUCAUUAAGAAGAACAUCGGCAACGAAACCUCCCCUUGGAUGACGAGAAUCGCCGCCUACACGCAACAAAUCAUCAUAAACAGCAGCGAAGAGUUGCUCAAAGAUUCGUUCUUGCCCUUAGCUGAACGAGUGAAGAAACGAACGGAAACGAUGUUCCACAAGGAAGAGAGUCUACGAGGAUUUAUUAAGAGCUCUUCAGACGAUACGUCUCAAAUUGAGACGCAAAUACAGGAAGAUUGGCACCUUUUGGUGAGAGAUAUUUAUUCGUUUUACCCUCUUUUGAUCAAAUACGUGGACCUUCAAAGAAACCAUUGGCUGAGACACAACAUAUCUGAAGCGGAGGACUUGUAUAACCACGUCGCUGAAAUAUUUAACAUUUGGUCCAAGUCCCAAUAUUUCUUGAGAGAGGAACAGAAUUUCAUUUCGGCCAACGAAAUCGAUAACAUGGUCUUGAUCAUGCCGACUGCUACAAGAAGAACUGUUGUACCUGAUGGUAGUCAACCCACAGUAGGAAAGAAAAAGAAGAAACACCGCGACAAGAAAAGGGACAAAGACAAGGAAAUCCAAGCGUCCUUGAUGGUGGCUUGUUUGAAACGUUUGUUACCGGUCGGCUUGAAUCUCUUCGCCGGGCGAGAACAAGAACUGGUCCAACAUUGCAAAGAUCGUUUCUUGAAAAAAAUGCCCGAAUAUGAUAUAAUAGAUUUUGCGAAGAAUCAACUUACGUUGCCCGAUAAGAUCGAUCCUGCCGACGAAAUGUCUUGGCAACAUUUCCUCUACAGCCAGUUGGGCAGCAAAAAAAGCGUUUCGAUUAAUUCUGUAGACAACAAUGGCAAAAAUCAAGUGGACGAAACUGUCGACAGAAUUGUAGCGAUGAGUAAAGUAUUAUAUGGACUCCAUAUGAUCGACCAUCCGCAACAACAGCAGAAAGGCGUUUACAGAAGCGUCGUUUCGACACAAAGGAAGCGCGCUGUACUGUCUUGCUUCCGUCAAGCUUCUUUGCACAGUUUGCCGAGACAUCGAGCUAUCAACAUCUUCAUUCGCACGUACCGCGAUUUCUGGCUGCAAGACGAAAACGUGGGACAAGAAGUGCUAAUCGAGGAUUUGACGCAGAGCUUCGAGGACUCGGAAUUGAAGAAGAAGGACGAGGAAGUCGACGAAAAUAAGCCGGAUCCUCUCAACCAAUUGGUAACGACGUUCUGCAGGGGAGCCAUGACGGAGAGAUCGGGGGCCUUGCAAGAGGAUCCGCUGUACAUGAGUUAUGCGGAAAUAAUCGCCAAAUCGUGCGGCGAAGAGGAGGAAGAAGGCGAAGAAGAAGAAGGUGGAGGCGGUGAAGGCGAAGAGGGUCAAUCUUCGAUUCACGAACAAGAAAUGGAGAAGCAAAAACUGCUAUUCAAUCAAGCGCGUCUGGCGAAGCGAGGAGUGGCGGAAAUGGUGUUACUGCACAUAUCGGCAUGCAAGGGUGUCCCAUCCGAAAUGGUAAUGAAAACCUUGGAAUUGGGGAUAUCGGUGCUACGCGGAGGCAACUUCGACAUACAAAUGGGAAUGCUGAAUCAUCUUAAAGAGAAAAAAGACGUCGGUUUCUUCACGAGCAUCGCUGGAUUAAUGAACAGUUGCGGGGUCUUGGAUUUGGACGCUUUUGAAAGAAACACCAAAGCUGAGGGACUUGGUGUUGGUUCUGAAGGUGCUGCUGGCGAGAAAAAUAUGCACGAUGCUGAAUUCACUUGCGCUCUCUUUAGAUUCAUACAGUUAACUUGUGAGGGUCACAAUUUAGAAUGGCAAAAUUACCUCCGAACGCAAGCUGGUAACACAACCACAGUAAACGUAGUAAUUUGCACAGUGGACUAUUUGCUGAGAUUACAAGAAUCCAUUAUGGACUUUUACUGGCACUAUUCCAGCAAGGAACUAAUAGACCCAGCAGGAAAAGCGAAUUUCUUCAAAGCCAUCGGCGUCGCUAGUCAAGUUUUCAACACUCUCACUGAGGUUAUCCAGGGUCCUUGUACGCUGAAUCAACAGGCACUAGCUCAUUCCAGAUUGUGGGAUGCCGUGGGCGGUUUCCUCUUCCUUUUCUCGCACAUGCAAGACAAACUCUCCAAACAUUCGAACCAAGUCGACUUGCUCAAGGAAUUGCUCAAUUUACAGAAAGACAUGAUUACCAUGAUGUUGUCUAUGCUUGAAGGUAACGUGGUCAACGGCACCAUUGGAAAGCAGAUGGUGGACACGCUAGUAGAAAGCGCCAGUAACGUGGAAUUAAUCCUCAAAUACUUCGACAUGUUUUUGAAACUGAAAGUUCUCACCUCCUCGGCUACCUUCCAGGAGAUCGAUCUCAACAGCGACGGUUGGGUGUACCCCAAAGAUUUCAAAGAAAAAAUGGAACAAUCCAAGAAUUAUACACCGGAAGAAAUCGAUUUUCUGCUCGCUUGCUGCGAAACCAAUCACGAUGGCAAAAUAGACUACGUUGACUUCAUCGACAGAUUCCACGAACCUGCUAAGGAAAUCGGUUUUAAUCUAGCGGUACUUUUAACCAAUCUGGCCGAGCACAUGCCUAACGAACCCAGAUUAGCCAGAUUCCUGGAAACAGCCGGUUCCGUGUUGAACUACUUCGAACCGUUCCUGGGUCGCAUCGAAAUCCUAGGUGGCAGCAAACGCAUCGAAAGAGUAUACUUCGAAAUAAAGGAAUCCAAUAUCGAACAAUGGGAGAAACCUCAGAUAAAAGAAUCCAAACGAGCGUUCUUCUAUUCCAUCGUGACUGAAGGUGGCGAUAAAGAAAAAUUGGAAGCAUUCAUCAAUUUCUGCGAAGACGCUAUCUUUGAAAUGCAACACGCGAGCGGUCUGAUGGCUGUGGAAGAUUCUGGCAGUGGAGGACCCACCAGAUCGACGAGCUACAGCUACAUGACGGACGAAGACGAAGACAGGCUACGCAGGAACCCGAUUCAAAGGGGUUACGCGGCGAUAAAAGAAGGAAUAUCGUACGGUCUAUCAUCCCUGAGCCCAUCUAACAUCAAACACAAAAUCAACGAAAUGCAGCAAAUGACUUUCACCGAACUAUUCGUCGGCUUCUUCAAAUUGUUGUUCUACGCGUUUUACUACUCCGGAUUCGGCGUGGCGAUCGUUAUUAAAUACAUCUUGGGUAUUUUGAUGUCGUUGAUGAGAGGUCCUGCUGUCGAGGAACCAGUGAUUCAGCAAGUAGUCGAAGAAAAAGCUGGCCCGUUAAGAGUACUACCAUCAUUACCGUCUACUGAAGAACAGAAUACGCAGAUGCAAGCCUUCGGGUUGGAUAUAAACAAAGAAGAUAACGGCAACUACAAAAUGGCUGCUCAUGAGUCUCCAACGGGAAGUCAACCUUCUUCUGGUGAUGGCGAAACAACUCCCGAAGAAGUCGGUGAUCACGUCGAGGCGGAAACCACCGAGCAACCUCUGUCUUUAGCCGACUUAUUAGGAGGAGAGCAAGCCAAGAGGGCGCAACAAGAAAAGGUCGAAGCUCAAGCCGCGCAACAAGCCGUAAUGCAAGCUAUUGAAACUGAAAGCAAGACGGUGCAUCCUGUGGAAACAUCGGCUAUGUCUCAAAUUAAUUUCGCUUUGUACGGCAACAGAGUCGUAUCGUUCUUAGCUAGGAAUUUCUACAAUUUGAAAUACGUGGCUUUAGUUCUGGCGUUCUGUAUCAACUUCAUGCUUCUUUUCUAUAAGGUUUCUAGUCUAAACGAAGACGGGGACAGCGGAAGUGGAAGUGGAAGCAAAGGACUUGCGGAUAUUCUGGAAGGAUCCGGAGCGGAUGCAGGCAGUGGAUUAGGAUCCGGCGAUUCGGGCGAAGAAGAUGAUACACCGGAAUUAGUGCACGUCGAUGAAGAUUUCUACUACAUGGCACACGUUAUGAGACUGGCGGCAAUUUUGCACAGCAUAGUUUCAUUAGCUAUGCUCAUCGCCUAUUAUCACCUGAAAGUUCCUUUGGCCAUUUUCAAGAGAGAAAAAGAAAUCGCGAGGCGGCUGGAAUUCGAGGGUUUGUACAUAGCUGAGCAACCGGAAGAUGACGACUUGAAAUCACAUUGGGAUAAAUUAGUUAUAUCGACCAAAUCAUUCCCGGAUAGUUAUUGGGACAAAUUUAUCAAGAAGAAAGUCCGCCAAAAAUACAGUGAAACUUAUGACUUCGACUCUAUCAGCAGCCUAUUAGGUAUGGAAAAGUCGUCGUUCCAUCAGCAGGAGAACGAAGGAAAACGCGGACUUAUUUCCUUAAUCAUCAACAUCGACUGGCGCUACCAGAUCUGGAAAUCGGGCGUAACGAUCACAGACAACUCAUUUUUGUACUCGCUGUGGUACUUCACGUUCUCCGUGCUGGGCAACUUCAACAACUUCUUCUUCGCCGCUCAUCUGCUCGACGUGGCCGUCGGUUUUAAGACGCUGCGCACCAUCUUGCAAUCGGUCACGCACAACGGCAAGCAGCUGGUUCUCACCGUCAUGCUGCUGACGAUCAUCGUGUACAUUUACACGGUCAUAGCGUUCAACUUCUUCAGGAAGUUUUACGUGCAAGAAGAGGAUGAACAGAUCGACAGAAAAUGUCAUGAUAUGCUCACGUGUUUCGUAUUCCAUCUAUACAAGGGUGUAAGAGCUGGUGGUGGUAUUGGUGAUGAAAUCGAACCACCUGAUGGCGAUGACUACGAAGUUUACCGCAUAAUGUUUGAUAUUACUUUCUUCUUCUUCGUUAUCGUUAUUCUACUGGCUAUCAUCCAAGGUUUGAUUAUCGACGCUUUUGGAGAGCUUCGUGAUCAACUUGAGAGCGUCAAAGAAGACAUGGAGUCCAAUUGCUUCAUUUGCGGCAUCGGGAAGGAUUAUUUCGAUAAGGUGCCGCACGGUUUCGAUACGCACGUGCAACAAGAGCACAAUCUCGCUAAUUACAUGUUCUUCCUCAUGCACUUGAUCAACAAACCGGACACCGAGUACACUGGUCAAGAAACGUACGUGUGGAACAUGUACACCCAACGCUGUUGGGACUUCUUCCCCGUUGGUGAUUGCUUCAGGAAGCAAUACGAAGACGAAUUGGGCGGCGGAGGUGGUUAA